AUGACUUGUAUGACAAGUUUAAAGGAAGAGAAGAGACCUUUAAAUCCACUGAAUAAAAUUGAACGACUGAGCGAUAGAGAAAAGGAACAUGAGAUAAAUAACGAAAAUGCUUCAGGGUCUGCAAAUACUGCUUGUGACCUUGUUAGCCCGGAGAGGAACGAUUAUGAAAAGCACUUGCAAGAAGUGCCAAAAGACCAACCUACAAUGAUAGUGAGUUUGCCAGUUCCACGAAAAGGAGUCGCUAAUAGUAAGGAUGGUAACUCAGAUGACGUUCAGAGAAAAUCACCAGCUCAAAAGGAAUUGAAUUCUGUCCAAAGGAAGAAGCAAAUAGCGGAAUAUAAUUCACUAAAACUCAAAGAAGAAAGACAACAACGAUACAAGACACGAUAUGGCGAUGGGCCAGCGUUUCUAUAUGGAAACUGUGACCCUUCCAGAGUGUCUACGAGCGACGAAGACGGCACGCCGCCGUCGAAGAGAAAAAAGAGGGUCAGCUUCGAAUUUUAA